UGGCCUCUGGCUCACGGCCUCCCAGUUUCUGUGGGGCACCCUCCUCCUGUCCCACGUGCUCCAUCUAGAAUCGCUAACUUCCUUCGCCACAAAGCAGGCGUCCGCGCUCCAUGAGCUCUCUAGGAGAUCAAAUACGGGACUGGCACCAGGGUGUACUGGCCGUGGCACGCGAAGACUGGGACUCUGCGCUGUGCUUCUUCUCAGAUGUCCGAGAGCCGCUGGCUAGGAUGUACUUUAACAUGGGCUGCGUGCAUCUGAUGGCAGGAGAUCCAGAGGCUGCGCUGCGGGCAUUUGACCAGGCAGUGACCAAGGACACCUGCAUGGCUGUUGGCUUCCUCCAGCGAGGAGUGGCCAAUUUCCAGCUGCAGAGGUUCCAAGAGGCUGUGUCUGACUUCCAGCUGGCCCUGGCACAGCUGAGGGGUAAUACUGUCAUUGACUACACACAACUGGGUCUGGACUUCAAAUUGCAAGCCUGGGAGGUCCUAUACAACAUGGCAUCAGCACAGUGCCAGGCAGGUCUCUGGACCAAGGCUGCCAGUACUCUACUAGAGGCAAUCUCCAAAUGGCCAGAGGGGGCUCAAGAUAUCCUGGACAUUGCUGUGGACAAAGUGCAGAAACAGGUACCCCUACAGCUAUGGCAAGUGCCCAAGGGUGAGGUCUUCCAGCCUCCCAGGCGAUACCUAAAACAUCUGGAGCCCAUGGAUUUCCUCGGCAAGGCUAAGGUGGUGGCUUCUGUCAUCCCUGAUGACCACAACUCAGACGUCCAGCCUCAGCAGAGGUCCCAGAUGGAGCAAGCCAGCCACCAGCUGUCCUCAUCCAUGUGUAAGAGGGUCCUGAGCACUACGGGUGGUCACACGAACCCUGGCCUAUGUGACAGUUUGCUGGCAUCUGGAGGGCCUGGCCCAGGCCCCUCUGAAGAUUCCUCAGGAGCUGAGGGAGCAGGUACAAAAGACCCUGAAUCCUUGGUGACUGUCACUGUGCAGUGCCACUUUACUGUGCCCCUGAAGGUCCCAAGAGGAACUGGCCUGUCCAGUUUUCAGACACUACUAGCUCAAGCCCUCCUUCACCAGACCCAGACAGGGCAGCUCAGUUACAAAGCCCCAGGAGAGGAGAGAUCCUGGAUUCCUAUCUCCACGGAGGAGUCACUAAAGAGUGUUUGGAGGAAUGUGCCUGAGAGCCCAAGAGUGUUGCAGCUCCAGUGCCGGGGGGCCUGGGGCCGGCCAGUCCUCUACCAAGUAGUAGCUCAGUACAGCUAUCGUGCCCAAAGACCGGAGGAUUUGGACUUCCAAAAAGGGGACAAGGUGGAUGUUCUGUGUGAAGUGGACGAAGCAUGGCUGGAGGGACACCGAGAUGGCUGCGUUGGCAUUUUCCCCAAGUGCUUUGUGGUCCCAGCUGACACCUGUAUGGAAGCCCCACCCGUACUGGGACCCUAGCCAGGAGACCAGCACUAGCAAUAAAUACUGUGACAAAACCAGGUUUAAUUUAAACAAACAAACAAACAAAAAAUGAUCCCCCUCAUCCCAAUUUGAUCUCUGUUCUGGGAUUGAUGAUAAAGAGAAUCCAA